AUGGCUCCCUAUACUAUGACCAUCGAGCUCAAGAACGAAACCGAUCACUACAUCGCCUUCGUCGCACCCUCCACCUAUUCUACUCUUGGCGGUACAACCACAGUACAAACUGAAGGCGAUGUCCAGACUGUCAAGAUUUCCAAGUCCGGAGGCACAGCUGGGCUUUUUACAGCCCUUUCUUUCGUAGCUGUGAAUGGUCCCGACUCCUCUAAAAACGUUCAGUUUACUGUCUGGGCAACAAUGCCCGCAUCUAAUGGCAGCGUUGUUAGCGUCCAUCUUAUUGAUGCGACGACGAUCAUCAACGGCGAUUUGAACCAGUUGAGAACUGAUGAAUGGGCCGAUAAAAUCUACCAAAACGAAAGUUGGUUUCAACCACACAUCCAGCGGUCGGGAUUCAAUAUCAGCCUACAGAAGGUUAGCACAGAGUACCCCGAUUCUACCUUCAAGUUGAGGAUUCAGCGCUCCUAG